AUGGCGAGCUAUAGUGAGCAAUCAAGCACGGAAAUCGAGGAUUUCCUCCAAUCGAUCCCAGAGGUUAACGACUUUCUAUCUGGUGAAAGGAGUCGCAAGCCACAUCGCGCCGACAUAUUUCAAGCAAUUCAGAGACGUAUCAAACAGCUUUUGUCUGUUACUACACUCGGGGAAGAUCACUGGACCACUGAAUUAGCAGAGUUAGAUCUCGACAAAAAUUCUACUAGCGAUGAAGCCAACUCGAUAACUAGCAUUCUCACGAGCUAUGUCCUGAAUCGCCCUUGGGUUUUCCAGCCUUGGCUGGUCCAACGGAAAUUGGAGAACCGCAAUGACCGUUUUUCUGAUGCGUCCCAUGUGCCGAUGUCUCCUCUCCCUGAGUCUCAUACGGGUCAUGGAUCUAUACUGGCAUUCGAAGAUCUCGCCGAAAUGGUGACGCAUGAUGUGGCUAAAACGGACCAUAUUGGCAACGAAGUUAUAGUGGUUAAUAAAGUGGAAAGAGUUAGCAACAAACCCGAGAUACUAGGACAAUCAGAUGCUGCUCUAGGCCUAGCAGGGUUCUCUCCUUGGAUUGAGAAGGCUACGGCAGAGGAUGGAAAUACAGAUCCCGAACCACGAUUGAUUACUGACAUAGAAGACGAUUACAUCAAUCAAUACCGCAAACAUGUCCAGCUCGCUGGGACACCAUCCAGGCAAUGUGCAAGAAUCUCGUUCUCUCAAAGGGAUCCAAGGCGUUCCGAGGCUUCCUCAACAAUUGCUACUAAGAUUCUUGUCGACCAUGGCUUCAUGAAUUUUGAGUCACAAGUCACGACGCUUGAGGACGUUGUGGGUCCUCUUGAUCAGCUAUUGUUUAUCCACCAUGUCUCGUCCAAAUCUGAGAGCCAGACGGAUGGCGACGAAGAUUAUGCCGAGAUCGUUUCAAUACAAAUGAAGGAAAUUGAUGAAUUUAUCGAUGCCUAUUGGAAGUGCAGGAAUCUAUUCGAAGAAAGCGCUGAAUCCUCGGAAGAUGAAAGUCAUGGUUUUCGGUUUGCGAGCAUCGGACUUUUUGCUACUCAUCUUUUGAGCUUUGUACAUCCGGCAUUCUUGAUUUUCACGGCAGGGAGUUUUUUCUACAAAUUCCUGCGUCGUUUCGGUUUUAAUCGACCGUCAGAUGUCCUCAUUCAUCAGAAAUUGACACCAUUGAUGAAGUCCAUGGAGCCCCUACUUAAAGCACUCAGAGUUGGUCAAUUCAAUGGAGACAGGAACUCGAACUCGGCUCAGUCCGAAGUUUUGCACCUCACUGCUUUGGUGGUGCAAGCUCUCAACUUAAUCCUUCAAUCAUACUUACGAGGCUCGGAGACGCCAUUUCGUUUUGAAUUCUUGACGGCUCCUAUUUUUGAUUUCGUCCUUGAAGGUGCCAAUCCCAGCCCGGAAGCUCCUAAAAUCUAUGCAGGCUCGCACAGACUCUCUUGCUUGGGCGACAUGCUUCGUAAGGAGGUUCUAGUCUUCGGACUACAGAAUCCACUUUUACAGAAACGACUAAAUGUUAUUGCAACACCAGCGCAAGUGGCUGCUAUGUGGGGUCCAGCAGAGUUUGUCAUUAGAAGGACUGAUUGCCUCCUUUUAUUUGACGAAGGAGAACAGGACGUGGUUGAUAGCCAGAUGGAUAUACCUACACCUGGAAAAAUGACUAUAUCUGGCAUUAAAAUUCAUAACGGGAUGAUUUUACCAAGUGACGAAACGGAUGAUGCGAUACCGAAAUGGCACUGGACGUUGGUAAACCAGGCUGAAUACAGCAUGCGUCUCAUCUGCGAAACCAAUAUCCGCGUUGAUCUUCAUACUCGGAUCAGGAUCGGAGACACAAAUGGCCUCCACUUGACGCCAAUUGGGCCAGCUUAUUGGAAUCAGAGCUGCCGUCGAAGUAUGAGUUUUGAAGAACUACAAUCGAACUUUCAGAUACCUGGAGCAAGUGAUCCCUGCAUUGAGAUGAAAAACUUCACAGUAGGGCUGCAAUCCGGUGAAUAUAUGAAUUUUAUCGCCCAAGCAACGUUUGAAAAGGUACCAGGGAGAACUGCUAAAGAGGUAUUACUGACUUCAAAAGGGUUAUUCGAAUUCCAGAUAAGUGAAUUUGAUGAAAUGUGGGGGUUGUUCGUCAGCCUCUGCACAGGAGUGAUGACUCGUGUCAGACUUCGCGACCUAGUCGCGUUUGUAUGCCUUCAUGUACCUGGGCAAAUUCCCAAAUUGCCUGGUAAUUCUUACGAGGCGUCUUUGGACGCUUUUGUGCAGGCCUUGAGCGGAGAAGAACAUCUCACUGUCUGGCUCGCAUCUCUGGUUCUGGAGUCCGAACAGAGAGACCUCAGUACAAGACAAUCGUUGGAAUGGUUACAGGAACGCAUCCUGUCUCUAUUUCGAAACGUUUUGGCCAUGCUCAAAGACACAGGAAUAUCAAAAAAUGGAGACCUCCACCUUGCGUUUCUCAAUGAACAACGCAAGAACCGUAUGCUGGUCCUGUCUGCCCGGGACCACCCAUGGACCAAAAUUUUAAGUGACUCGUCUAUAACAGCGACUUUCGCUUGCGUGUCUCCGUAUUGUUUUGAAACUAUAGGCCACACAUGUCAGGAGGGUCAAUGGAAGCUGCCAGACAAAUUUCGAUUGUCUACAAAGUUGAACACGUUCACUCGUCAUCUUCGCGGGACAGAUGGCCCUGGGGAAACCCUUCAGAUCGGAAAAAGAUACUGCAUUAAUGCCCCUCACUUGGAUAUGGUGGCAAAAGUGGACAGGCUCGUGGAUGUUGUCGGACAACAUUCAUUUUAUUCCAUCACAGCUAAAAAACGCCGCGUGCCCCUAUUUGUUAGUCAGCAUAUUCGGAGGAGGGCGGAUUUGAGAGAAGAAGAUUCAGCAAGUGCUUUUAAAUGUAUUAUUAGCGGCUAUGGCAACUAA